CUUGAACUCUUCCAGUUCGCCGCCUCCACAACACAUCCUCCAUGUCGACGAUCCAAUGCACUAUUCCGCAGUUCUCGGCAGGAGGUCUCGAGGACCUGCAGGAAGCACUGAGCCCAUACGGCACCAUGGUGUCCCAUCACCGUGAGUACUACCCGGGUCUUCCCCACCCUACAGGGAAAUUCUCCUUUCUACUCUCUCUUCACGCUGAGGACAAGCUUCCCCCAAAGAAGAUGGUGGUUAAUCGUGAUAACGGAUAUUUUUUUGAGGAGAUCACUAUAAACAUUACUCCAAUCCCAGGCAAGAAGCUAUGCUACAUGUGUCACAAGAUCGGACACUGGCGCGAAGCUUGCCCCGUUGCUCCGCUCUGCAGCUCCUGCGGCCAAACCACUGCUCACGGACCAAAGCGCUGUCCCUUGAAGAUGGGUCGAGCUCCUGUGGCGCAGAAAACCAAGCCUCGCUCAGGAGGCCCCAAACCUCAAGUGCCGGUGUCUACAUCGGCGACGACCCAGCAAUCCCCAUAAGCACUGUCAUCUAGCCAGCCGCUCCUAUGGUCCCAUCUUAAGUGGUCAGCCCGUGGUGGCACCUACAGAUAUUAUCGACAGGCUACAGAC